AUGCGGGAGAAUGGGGAUUUCAGGACGGGUUUCUUGACGUCUCAGACUUGGAGCAUUAUUCGUCGGCGUGCCCCAAUAGUUCCGUGGUGCAAAGGGAUAUGGUUUAAAGAGGCUACUCCUAAAUACUCUUUUCUCUGUUGGUUAGCGGCUCAUAACAGGCUAUCAACGGGGGAUAGAUUACUGAUGUGGAACCCUCAAGCAACUGCGACCUGUUGGCUUUGCAAUGCUGCCACUGAAACGCGAGAUCAUUUAUUUUUUGAGUGUGCUUACUCUGAGGAAGUUUGGCGCGGCACAGUUCGUGGUCUGGUGGCUACAGGCUCUUCAGUCCUCUGGUCACAUCUGGUGCACUGUCUUGUUCAUGGUCUGCAAGACAGAAUCACUACGUUCUUAUUUCGAUACUGCUUCCAAGCGGUGGUCUCGGCUAUUUGGUACGAAAGAAACGCUCGACGGGUGGGGGAAGCUCCCAAGCCGGCUGCUCGAGUUAUACUAUUCUUGGAUAAAUUGAUCCGUAACAGGAUCUCUUCUUUGCGCAAGAGAGCUGGAAACAAUUAUGAAAAAGCCAUGAAGAGAUGGUAG